CCCCACCGCUGCCUUCCCAGCCGCCGCCGGGGGCGGGCGGGCACGGGCGGCCGAGCUGCUCGGGCCCUGCCGGCGCUGCCCAUGGGGGAAUGCGGGGUGCCCGCCCAGGUCCAGCUCUUCCUCCGUGCUUGCGAGCAGGGCGACUGCGAGACCGCCCGGCGUCUGCUGGGGCUUCCCGGGGGCACCGCCGGGUCGGCGGCCGCCUCCGCCUGCGGCACCGACGAGGCGGCGGAGUCCCGCGGAGAAGCGGCCGCCGCCGCCCCUUCCCCCGCCGUCGCCGUGGACUGCACCGACGAGGCGGGCAACACGGGGCUGCAAUUCGCCGCGGCGGGUGGCCACGAGCAGCUGGUGCGGUUCCUGCUGCGGAAGGGAGCCUCGGUGCAGAGCACGAACCACUACGGCUGGAGCCCGCUGAUGCAAGCGGCCAGGUUUGGACACCUAAGCGUGGCUCACAUCUUGCUGGAAAAUGGUGCUGAUCUCAAUGCUCAGAACAAAUUAGGAGCCAGCGUCCUCACAAUGGCCUGUAGAGGCGGUCAUGUCAGCAUGGUAAAAUUGUUGCUGGAAUCUGGAGCCUUUGUAGACAAUUAUGACCAUUUUAGCACAAAUGUCCUUAACAGCAGCAGAGACGACCUUCCUGACAUCACUCCACUAAUGGCAGCUGCACAACAUGGACAUGAGGCUGUGGUACAUCUGUUACUAGACUGGGGAGCUGAUUGCAAUUACACUGUGAAGACUAUGGGCUGGAGUCCUUUAAUGCUGGCAGCUGUUAGUGGUAAAGUAAGCUUAGCACAGCAGCUCAUGGAGAAAGGUGCCAAUCCUGAUCACCUCAAUGUACUGCAUAAAACACCUUUUGAAAUCUCUCUGGGCUUCAAGCACAAAGACAUGAAGGACUACCUGGAAUCUCUCACAACAGUUAGAAUUCAUACAGAUACAGAGAAGAGGCAACCUGAUGUCUUUCAUGCUUUGAAAUUGGGCAACUUUCAGCUGGUUAAAGAGAUAGUUGAUGAAGACUCAAGUCAAGUCAAUAUUACCAAUGUUGAUGGCGCAUCUCCAUUAAUGAUUGCAGCUGUAACUGGACAGCUGCCCCUUGUCCAGCUCCUUGUUGAGAAAAAUGCUGAUGUUGACAAACAGGAUAAUGUUCAUGGUUGGACAGCACUAAUGCAGGCCACAUACCAUGGAAACAAAGAAGUUGUAAAGUAUUUGUUAAACCAAGGAGCCGAUGUCAAUCUUCGUGCGAAAAAUGGAUACACUGCUUUUGACUUGAUAAUGCUGCUGAAUGACCCAGACACAGAACUUGUACGGUUACUCGCAUCAGCAUGCAUGCAAGUAGACAAAGACAAGAAUAAGCUGAACAGCAGAUCAUCUUUGCCUUCUUCCAGAAGUAGGCAAUCCUUAAAUGUCCCAAUGCUGCCAGAUGACAAAGGAGGUCUAAAGUCUUGGUGGAGUAGGAUGUCCAAUCGGUUCCGCAAGCUGAAGUUGACUCAGACAUUGCGCCAUGGCUUUUCUUCCAAUCAGUUUGGGCCUUUUCCUGAUGAACCUGAAUCUUCAUUAAAUUCCACCAUGAGAGCAGUUGCACAGGGUGACACAGACUCUUCUGGAACUACUGAUGCUCCUAUGACCUGGGUCACAAAUAACACGGGUGUAAACACUGCAAAAGGAGGGAAGGAUGAUGAAUUAUUGACAACCAUGUUGAGAAGUAGUGCUCCAUUUACCAGGCUGCCUAGCGAUAAAUUGAAAGCAGUGAUACCCCCUUUCUUACCACCCUCAAGUUUUGAGCUUUGGAAUUCUGAUAGAACACGAAUCAGCAAAGAUGGCAAAGCUGAACAGAUGAGAACUGCCUGGCCACAGAGAGCAAUCAAGCAUGAUUUUAACAGUAGUGGGAACUCAGAUGUGACAUCUGCUAGCAAAGGUACGAGACCAGUCAAAUUACCAGCAUUUGCAAGAAGACCUGCAUCUCCUUCAAAUUCUACCAAUUUCAACCAUUCUCCUCAUUCUUCUGGUGGAUCCAAUAACAUUGCAGGAAUUAAUAGGCAUGGAGGAGAACUGCAUAAUAGAUCAGGUGGAAGUGCAGACAAUGUUUUAUCUCAGAUUGCAGCCCAAAGAAGAAAAGCAGCAGGCUUACCUGAACAGAAGCCCAGCCAACACAACAGUCCAGUCCAGGCAACUCCUUCAUCCACCCUCUCUGAUAUGCAGUGUGCUCAAACAGUUGGCAAUGGACACGUAGUAAAGGUACAAAUGAAUCAAAAAACAGAGAUGAACAAAAGACCUCCAUCUGGGACUUCAUCUACAUCUAAAAGCACAUCGCCAACUCUCACACCUUCCCCAUCACCCUCUCCAUCUCCUAAGGUUCACAAUGUGGAGUCCUCUCUCUCUUCUUCUCACAGACAGGCCAAGAGCAAUGGUUCCAGCAGUGGUACUAUUACAGAAGAUGGUAACCACUUGGUGGACCAUCAACAGCUUUUUCCUAUUCUGAGAACUAGUGAAGUGGAGAAUCAUGAAAGAAGAAACCAUAUGAGAGCAAAAGGAGGGAGUGAAAACUUGGAGAAAGAUGAGCUGACCGGCAUCCUUAAAAAAUUGUCCCUUGAGAAAUAUCAGCCUAUUUUUGAAGAACAAGAGGUGGAUAUGGAAGCCUUCCUUACUCUUACUGAUGGUGAUCUGAAAGAGCUGGGUAUUAAAACUGAUGGUUCAAGGCAGCAAAUUCUGGCAGCUAUUUCUGAACUGAAUGCAGGAAAGGGACGAGAGAGACAGAUUUUACAAGAAACCAUACACAACUUCCACUCUUCCUUUGAGAGUAGUGUUAGUAACACACGGCCUCCUGGUCAUUCCCAGACACCUGGCUGCUCCAUAAAACCACAAGAAGCUGUCACACCUAAGAGGUAGCUACUGGAAUAAAAAGAGAUUUUGAUCUUAGAGUGAAGCCUGGGAUCCAGCUGAGUAAAUCCAAGCAUACAAAGGAAAAUUUGAAACUUUAGUCCCCGGUACACCUGUAUUGAAUUUUAUGAACAAUUCCAGUUCUACAAAGCCUCAAAGAAAGUAAUGAAAAGAUGGCUUUUGCAUUUCAAACUAAGAGUUAGAGUGUUUGGAGCAUCCAUGGUUUGGACUUUAGAAGAAGAAAGGAAAGCGGGAAGAAUGAAGAUGUGUUUUCUUCCUAGUCUUCGGUGCCCAGACAUGAAGAACCUGUAGUGUGGGCAAGAUCAAGACCAACAAAAGCAUGGAAGAAGGCAUGUGAAUCACCAUGUAGAAAUUGUGAUGGUUUCAUGAGAAGGAAUAUGAAGGAAAAGUAAUGCUGCAUUCUUCAUUAACUGAAAUACACUUUAUCUACUCAAUAUUUAGAGAUUAGAACAGUAAAUUUCAACACAAAAUAACUGUUUGUAAAAAUAGCACUUUAUUUAAGAAAAUGCAUUAUCUGUCAUGGAUAUUUAAAUAUAAAUACUGUUAAAAUAUUUUAUAUUGCCAAUCUGUCGUUUUGAGAAUAAAACCAUUUAAUGGA